GGUGUAUGGAAGACAACAAGCUCUUAUCCAGUCUUUCACUCAACAAACCAGCUUCAUGCCUUGCUAGCUGCCCAUCAUCUCAUUGCAUUGCUGUGGGAACCCUGAGUGGUCAUGUUUUCUUCCUUGAUCUAUCCAAUGUGGAUAAUCCUCGCAUCAUACAACGUCUUCACAUCCAUCAGACUCCUGUCCAGCAGUUGGUUUAUGAUGAGGAGGGACGGUACCUCUUCACGGGGGCAGAUGAUGGCCAUGUGUUUGUGGUUGAUGCUAGGCCAUCAUCAAGUUUUAAGAUUCUCGGCCAAACACCUAUCGAAGGGCUUGUUGUGGCUAUUUCUACCAAUACAUCAGAGAAGCAUGGACCAGUCAAAGUACUGGUGACAUCCAAUACUACUCCAGAUGUGACCCAAGGAGCUAAUAAGUGUUGUCAGUUUGACCUCCCAAAUGACCUGCCACAAGAUAUUGACAAUUUCCUGGCCAGUGCUAAGUGUGAUUUCAAAGAAGAUUCCAUCCAAAAGAUGAAUUUAAACUUUUCUGUGCCUUGCAUUGGUGCUGCUUUGACCACUGGGAAUGUGUUCUACACCAUUGCUUACGAUACUAAACAGUUACACAAGCUGGUUCUACCUGAAGAAGCACCCAAGAAGGCCAAUAACAAGGCAUCGUACUUGCAACCCCAAGGCGAGUUCCCUGGCCAUGAUCUACCUGGUGGUUCACUCAUCCUAUCUCAUCAUCAGAAAUGGCUUGCAUCAUGUAGUCCUGAUGGACAUGUCUUAGUACGUGGUGUAGGGGCAUUAGAUCGACCCAUUGUUGUACAAGCACACAGCUUCUGUACUGGUGGAGUCAAGCAGGUGUGUCUGUCUACUGAUGCACAGUCUGUCUUGACCUGCGGGGCACAAGAUGGGAUAUUGUCAUGCUACACUUGGAAUUACAGCAGUACAGGCCGUAGUAAGGCUACUUCAGCUAUAGAAGCUGCUCGAUCCCACAAUGCAAUGCUACAUGCCAUUCGUAAACGUGAAGAUGAGGUGCUAAGUGCUAUGCCUGAUUGGAAUGAAACAAUGUCCACUCCUAUGUCACGUUCAGUGUCUGAUAUCCAGGGACCUAAGAAAACUGGUAUUGAGCUUGCAAUAGAGAAGGAUGAGAUAUAUGUAACACCAACACCAACGUUGGCAUCUGACCCAACCUGGAUGGAUGUCAAAGAAAUGGAAGCCUUGCGGGAGGAGGACAAUCAAUAUUCUGAGCUCAAGUCAGCACUUCGAAGUGACAUCAGAGAGCUGAGGAGAACGAUUCAAAGCAUGAUGAAGGACAACGAGACGUUGCCUGAUAUAGAGCAGCUUGGACAUGAUGAGUUCAAUCUAGACUCUGAAGAGCAGCAGAGAUUGCAGGAAGAAGGAGAAGCCAAAGUCCAAGAGAUGCGAACCAAUAUGGAGUUUGAAGAUCUAGCAAAGACCUACUUGAGAGAGGUUAUUAAAAAUGAGUGUUGGGAUUCCAUGCUGGUCAAAGGUCGUAGCAUCAAGGCUUUCCAUAUGAACUUAGAGGUUGGUAACUAUCCAAUGAGAGACAGAACGAAGAAGGAGAAGGAGGAGCUGACAUUUGUCACCAAGAUGAGGCAGAUAGAGAUGGCUGAAAUGGCUGCAAGGAAAGAGAUUAUCGAGGUUCAACCAAAAGGAAACAAUGCUAAGCCCAGUGAUGCUGAAGAUGCUGAUGAUGAAUCUGAAGAAGGAGAUGGAACUGAGCAACCUUCAACCAUCGGCAGUCUUGGCGCUCAGUAUGGAGGAGCUAAUGAUCUUUUCUAUAGUCAGUUUGAGCUACAUACACGCCAACAGAAACGCAACCAAAUCAUCCUCCUACAAGAUGCCAUCUACCGCAUCAAGAUGGCCUUCAAUAAGGACUUUGAUGAGGUCUACCGGGCAAAAGAACAAGAGAUUACUCGAAUUAGUGAUCGAAAUCAACGCAUCUUGAAGAUCAUGGAGGAUCUUAUUAGUACAGAGGAAGUGUGGAAACCACAGAUGGAUACAGAUGAGAAGCCGGAGAAACUACUGACUGUGGAAGACAGUGAGGUCAAAGUCGAAAAGUUCAUCACUCCUGAGCAGAGGAAGAAGAUGGAGGAAGAAGCAGCUGAAGAGGCAGAAAGGAAGCUACGAGAGAAAGGAGAUAAUGCUAGAGAAAGGGCUCUGGAUAUGAUGAUGGGUGGGGUCCUGGAGAUUAAGAAAGAAGAUGAACUUAAGAAGGACAUCCCCAUUCCAACCUUUAUGGCCAAAGCACAAGAAGAAUGGUCCGAAGAUGAACAAAAAGCACACAAGGAGUAUGAGAGGAAAGUCAAGGAGCUCAAUGAAGAAAGGGAGAAAUAUAGGAAGACCCUUGAAGCUGAGCUGAAAAAGAUACAGACCAUCAUCGCAGACACAACUUCCAACUUUGAUGAUCGUCUGACAGACUUGUUCCAUCGUAAGAUUAAGACAGAGAUGGUCAUCUAUCAGGAAGAGCUGAAGAUUCUACGUUUGAAUCGAGAGCUUCUUAUUGAAGAGGAGUUGGAUGCUCAGGAGGAGGAAUUGAAUCGUAGACUGGAAACUAAGAAAGCUCUGAAGGCAGAAACUGUGCAAGCUGUGAUGAAAGCCAAACGUAUGGUGGACUCUUACCGAGACACUUACGACAUCCGGGUUGCUGAAGAUAAAGUCUUGGAGAAGAAUUUUCGCAAAGAGUUUCCUGAUGUUCAUGCUGUGCUUGUUGAUCAGUUGUUCAAGUUGUAUCGUCGGAGGCCAAGAGGCCAGCGAAGAGACCACAAGGGAUCUAUAUCAGAAACCCCCGGAGGCCCCUCUAAUCCAUACGGAGAGCGCCCUCUGUCGGCAAGGCAGUCCAACACAACAGUUGUGUUGAUGAAAGGACUGGACGAGCUUGAUCAUGAGUCGCAUUGUCCAGAAGGAAUUGAACCCCACAUUUGGACUAGAUUGUGUAAUUUACGAAGGACUAAAGUUCUGAGUGAACAGGAGGUCAAGGUUCAGGCUCUGACGUUAGCCGACAUGAAUGCCUUCCUGCAACAUCGACAAGAAGAAGAUGACAAAUUGAAGAGUGAGAUUGAAGAAACUAACGAAGCUCUCAACAGGCUUCGAGAUGAGCGUUUUCAGUUUAACUGUAACCUGGAUGUACAGUUCCUGUUGAAGCAAGGUCAAGUAGAAGUGGACAGUGGACCAUUCAUUCAUGAUUUCAGUGACAGUAUCUUGAUCCAUCGAGGAGUUGUAGAGGAUCUCAAUGGAUCCAUUAGGCAACUUGGCGAACAGAAGAUUGCAGCUAUGACAGAGAGCAAAGAUUUCAGGAAGGGAAUUCACAUUCUUGAAUGGGAGCACAAAAAGAUGGUGAUGCAGAUCGAAGAUUUACUGAACAAAGCGAGAACCAUUCAGAUGCUCAAAGUCUCCAGAGAUCUUCAAACUUUUCUUCAUAGUGAAGACCAUGAAGCCAGACGACAACAAGAGAUCUCUACGUUGGAGUCAACUCUGGAGAACCAGCGAUCACAUCAUGAGAAGGCUGUUGAAGAACGGAAGAAGACUUUAAGAGGUUUACGUCACACGAUAUGGAGCAAAGAGAAGAAUAAUGCAGGGCUGGAUGACGACUUGGAAGAGAUGAAUGUAUCAGUGGCUGAGAGAAAACACAUUAAUGAAGUCAAUGCUGCCAUGCGGAAUGUUGGUGGUUCAGCUCAGCGUAUGAAGGACAUUGUUCAGCGACGGAAGCUGGUCGAUUUAGCUAAAGCACAAGCUCAGGAAGUUGCUGUGUUAAGAGCUGAGGUUGAACGUCUUCGCAUGCGUACAUUUCCUGCACUGGUCCAAGUGGAACGCUGAACACUCACGCUACUAACAUCUUGGUCUUGUCCCCUGAAGGCUUUGUAUAUGAUGGGUUAAUAUAUCACAGGCACUAGACAUUUUUUUUUCAAAAAGACAAGGGGAAGUUGUAUAUUUUCAUUGACAUCACACAAAGGCAGUUUAUUUUACAAACAUUUGUAAAUGACCUGCUUCAUCCCUGAAAAAUAAUCUGUGACAAUUGUUAAAACAGGAGAAAUCGUAAUUAACUAAAUACCACGUUUGUUUUGUCAAUUAAAAUUUACGUUGACCAUCUUUAGUAUUAGUAUGCACAUUGAAAAAUGUCAUGACAAGCAAGAUACAAAGAGUGGAGAUGGAAAAAUACAUUGCAGUAGAAUAUACAGGUAAGAGAGAUGAUCUUUUUGAUUGUAAGGCAGUUCAGUGAGUACAUGAGCAAGGCAAUUUGGUGAAUACAGUGUUACAGCCUGUCUGAGUUUAACCUUAGAAAACAGCUUCUUGCUUCAAUAAGGAUUAUACAUGACCACACUGAAUACUGGUACAGUGUACAUUUAAACUUUUACAAUGAGUGUUUUAACAGUGGUUCCAAUCAUUAGAGGCAUGGUUAACUGAUAUUUCAGUUGGAUGUUGUAUAUAGAAUUGUUGGCUGUAAUACAUGUUUGUAUUUCACAUUGUAUUCUUUGGUUUCCUGGCUUCUCCAUAAAUUCAUCAAUUACUGAAGUAGUGUGAACUUUGAGGUUUAAAAGCAACAGGUGGUUUGGAUGUACAUGUUCUCAUAUUCUAUUAGAAAACUAUAUACUUGUAAACUAAAGUUCUAUUGUGCAUUCUCCCAAUGUUGUAAGCUAUUUGAUUCUAGUCUGCUUUGUACUGCCUGAGAUAUCUAUGGACAUGUCAAAAUCACUUGGCUAUGGCUGGAAUUUACACAUGACUUAAUGGGAACUGGCCGCGGCCACUGCCAUAGACUCAUGUGUAAUUUCUGGCCGUAGCCAAGUUAUUUGGACACAGCCUAAUAUUCACAAUAAUAUGCAUUAUAAUUUACAUUUCCCACAAAGAAACAACUAGCAAGACUACAUUCCGUCCAUGAACUUACAUACAUGUGCCUUCUGUUUGCAUAAAAUAAAAUCUUUAUGAUUACUCAA